AUGGCAGACAACCACACCACAUGGUUUUACGAAUUUACCCUACUUGGACUGACUGACAAUGUCAAAAGUGAAUUCAUCCUGUUUGUGUUUUUCUUAGUGGUUUAUGUGAUAACAGUUCUAGGCAAUUCUCUCAUGGUCAUUAUUAUAACUCUGUCUUCAUCUCUUCAAUCUCCAAUGUACUUUUUAUUGCGUAAUCUCUCUAUUGUAGAUAUGUGUUAUACCACUUGUACCGUUCCUAAACUUCUUCAAGACUUUUUGUCUGAUGUGAAACGUAUCUCCUUCUUUGGUUGUGUUGCACAGUUAUAUUUCUUUAUAUCUUUUGGAGGGAUUGAAUGUGUCCUGCUUGCUGCUAUGGCAGGUGACCGUUUUGCUGCUAUCUGCAUGCCACUGCGCUACACUGAAGUCAUGAGUUGGAAGAUGUGCACUAUACUUGCUAUAGUAUGCUGGAUUAUUGGUUUUCUCAAUUCUCUUGCUCACACAGUCUUCACAUUUCGGUUACCUUUUUGUAGGUCUAGGUCCCUCAAUCAUUUCUUCUGUGACAUACCCCCACUUCUUGCACUAUCAUGUGCUGAUACUACUAUUAAUGAAGUGGUGGUGUAUACUGCUGGGGGGUCUGUGAUCGUAGGAUCUUUUAUAUUAACUAUAUUGUCAUAUAUUUUUAUUGUCAAAGCAAUUUUGAAAAUAAGGACAGCAACCGGAAGACAGAAAGCAUUUUCAACAUGUGCCUCUCAUCUGGUAACAGUUGUACUUUACUAUGGAACCAUUGUGUUUACAUACAUUCGGCCAACAUCAUCUUAUUCCCUGGACAAAGAUCGUGUUGUCCCGGUUCUAUAUGGAAUCAUUACUCCUAUGCUUAACCCAAUAAUUUAUAGCUUAAGAAAUAAAGAAGUUCAUGGAGCUCUAUCGAAAGUUAUUCUUAGAAAAAAAAUUCGCAAAAUAUCUACUGUGCACUAUACAUAA